UGCAAAAAUAGGUGUUACGAAGCGGAUUCGAUAUUUACUAUAUAUAUCUAAAAAAUUAUUUUAACCAUAUAAAAAUAAUAUAAUUAUCGGAAGUUCAAAUGAACCCAAAACAAUUCAGAGAUCAUAGAUAGGCCAUAACUACAUCAGGUUGAAACAAUCAUAUAAGAAUCUACACUAAAUUCAAAUUAUAUAAACCGGCUGUAAAUAGGAACACUCUCAUAAAAGGUAUUUUUAAGAUUAAAAUAUUUUUUAAAUGUAUCUUCUCGUAAAGAAUACUCUCAUACGGAAAAUUUAUCCUACGUCCCACCCAUAUGUUAUUAAUGUCAUAAAAUAAAUUAUCAAUUCUCUCUCUGUAUAAAACUAAAAUAUGAUUAUGAUUUUUCUAUAAUUAUUUUUUUCUUCUUCUCAUUAUUUACCGAUCAUUAAAUUAUCACCAAGUUUAGAAGUGUUUUUAAUAUUUUUCUCAGCUUUUCAUUAAGAGUCUCAUGCUCCUAUAAGAAUUUGAAACCGCUAAAUGUAUCUAAAUUUGGUUAAUGAGUUUUUCAUACUAUAAAUAGUUCGAGGACUAAACUAAUAAUUUACUAUUUUUCAAUAAUUCUUUUCUAUACCAAAAAGUGCUAAUAUUUCCUUUAAUUAUACCCCACUCUUUAAAAGAAAAGAAAAGAAAAUUGUCAAAACCCUAAUGGAGUCUGAAGGUUCCCAUCUACAGCCAAAACAAAUUCUUAUUUUGCCGGUAGAGCUCAUCAUUGAAAUCUUAUCGAGAUUAGCUGUUAAAUCUCUUUUACGAUUCAAGUGUGUUUCAUCGCAAUGGAGUUGUUUAAUCUCUAGCCCUAAUUUUAUCAAGACUCAUCUUAAGUUAUUUACUAAUAACAAGGAUUUCAUCCACAAUAGACUCCUAUUGACAUUUAUUCAACCUCACCGCCAUCUUAUGGACUGCUCCAUCAAUUCCUUGCUUUAUGAUUCUGAUCCUAAGACAUUUCAAUUGGAUUAUCCUAUGCAAAAUCGUCGUAAGUUACUUAAGAUUUUAGGUUCUGUUAAUGGAUUGAUUUGUUUAUCGAUUGGCAAGGACUUAAUUCUUUGGAACCCGUCAAUUAGGAAGUUCAAGAAAUUUCGUGAUCCUCAAUGUGGUUGCUAUGUGUUGCAUGGUUUUGGAUAUGAUGAGCUUCGUGAUGAUUAUAAUUUAGUGCUUAUUUCCAAAGAAGAGGUCAGAUUAUAUAGUUCAAAUAGUGAUUCAUGCAGAACGUUAGUGCAUGAUCGUUCGGUUAGGGCGGUUAGAGAGAAAAAUGGUAUUUUUGUGAAGGGAAAGCUUCAUUGGGCUAAAUCACUUUCACAAGAUCAAGAUCAAUAUCAACAUUCAUAUAAUGAUUGGGACAUCAUUUGUAUUGAUGUGACUGAUGGAGAAUGGGGAAAGGUGGAAAAACCCUUUUAUGGAGAAGGAGAUUUUGAUUUAACGCCAUCUAUGGGAGUUUUGGGAAGUGAUCUUUCUAUUUUGUGUAAUAAUCAUAGCCUUCAAACAGAUGUGUGGAUAAUGAAGGAAUGUGGAAUUAAAGAAUCUUGGACAAAGAUGUAUACCAUGAAUCGACCUAAUGGUCAUCCCGAAGGAUAUCAGUUUUCUCCGCUCUUUUGCGGGAUGUCAAAUAAAGGAGAAAUCUUUUUUGAGGAUGAUCAAUCAACUUUCAUUAUUUAUGAUCCAAAAAAUGAAUCUUUUACAGGUCAAAAGGUGAUUAUUGAUGGAUAUCGUUUUUGGGAGGCAAGCAUCUACAUCGAUGAAAGUCUAGUUUGGCCCGUUAGCCAGAAGGGAAUGAUGCAAUCUGGGAUACUACGAAGUCUAAGAAAGCAAACAAGGUAUGAACAACGAGUGCAACAACCACGAAGGUGGGAAAUCCCAAAGUGAAACAUAUUCAAUAACUAGUAUUAAGAGUUAGCAACACACUUGUAUUAAUCAUCGCUAAAUUCUCUUUAUUCAAUUUUAAUGACCUAAAACUAAAAAUUUUAAUAAUACUUUUUUGUAUGCAAAAUGUUA